CCAGAUUCAAAUCGUAUCGUGUCGUCCAGAUCUCCCCUUAUCCAAGUCCAAGCCUCCAACUCUUCUCAAACGGUGCCCAUAGUACUGGGUCUUCGGCGACAGCAUCUGAAUCUCCUUAUCCUCCUCGCAUAGCUGUUCUUUGACUGUGAGGCACCGCACCGUCGUACGCAUCACCAUGUUCAGACUUCCGUCCGCCCUUCUAUCUACUCUUCUCUUUUUCUCAAGUAUUUUCCUACGCAGCCAUGCCUUCCGAGUUCCUAUUAGCGACACAGAUUCGCUGCGGGAAGUAUGCUCUGGCAUGUAUGGAGGCAAAGACGCCUAUAUAGAAGUUGAUUUUGACCAAACAUCAUCUGGGCAAGUUGCUUUGAUAAUCUACGAGUGGAAUGAUGUCCAGUACCUGGGAGCGCAAACUGGAGACGAGACUAGGACAUACAUAUGUACAACAUCGGCCGUCAGAUCCGGUCUUUGCUCAAAUGCCCAGCUCGGUUCCUUCCUUACAUCCUUCCCCGACGAUGUCUCUGCUGAGUCGUCAAGUAUCUUCACAACACCUCUCAAAUUCUCGAACGACUAUACUCCAACUCCCACAACUGAUGAAGAUGAUAAUAAUACCCUGCCGACCGAAAAUGAGGACCAAGAGGAAACUUCCACCGAAGUUGCUGAGGAGCCUGUCCAGGAGACUGACUCAGUAGACGCUGAUAUGGAUGAAGAUGAGGCUGAUCAGGAACAAGCUGAACAGGUUGAAGGGCUGGCUGAAGCUUUGGGGGAUGGAUGGCAAAAGAGGCAGGUGGGGGAUAUCGUGAACCGCAUUGUAACGGGUGUGGCAAUUUCGGAUGAUGAAUCGGCUGAGGACUCUGAAGAUUGGACGGAAACCGGAUCGUCCACAGCCGAUUCAGACUCUACCUCCACGGCUCCGGUGUCGGUCCCUGUUUUCAGUGCUCCCAUCACUUAUGCUGUUCCCAAGACUGGAUACUACUGCGUGGGGAUUGUUCCUGUCACACUUGUCAACUCGAGAGACAGUGUUCGAGAACGACAAGCUACUCAUGCCGAGUACUCGGGUAUGGUGUUGUUCCGCAACAACUUUGCUGGGGAGCUGCCAGCUGUAGAGUACCCCAAGAUUCACUUCUACUUCGCUUUGAGUAUCGUGUAUUUCGUCCUUGGAUGUGGAUGGGCGUACCUCUGCAGCAAACACCAUCGGGAACUCCUCCCUAUGCAAUACUACAUCUCCGGCACCAUCGUCUUUCUCAUCAUCGAGAUGCUCGCCCAAUUCGCAUACUACCGCUAUAUUAACAAGCACGGCGGAGGUACAGCCUCCCUCGCUUUCCUUUUCGUCAUCGCCGUUUUGAAUGCGGCUCGAAACUCGCUCAGUUUCUUCCUCUUGCUUAUCGUCUGCAUGGGUCUCUCUGUUGUCACUCACAGUCUAGGUAGUGUUAUGAACAAGGUUAGGUUGUUGACUAUCUUGCACUUCAUUUUUGGUGUGUUAUACUCUGUGGGGACUGUGGAAGUUGAGCUUGACGAUGCAUCCUUGUUCACUGUCCUUCUUCUCAUCUUCCCCCUUUCAAUCACUCUCACCGCAUUCCUUAUGUGGAUUAUCGUCAGCCUCAACGGUACCAUCAUGCACCUUCAAGCUCGUAAACAACGUCACAAGCUUCAAAUGUUCCAACGUCUCUGGCGUAUCUUGGUUGUUAGCGUUAUCGCGGUUGCUGCCUUCUUUGUUGUGUCUAGUAUGAGCUUGUCAAACAGGAUGAAUGAAGACUAUACUCCUAAUAGUUGGAGGUAUAGGUGGAUCUUGUUGGAUGGUUCUCUGGCUACCAUAUACCUAUGCGCUUUUACAGCCAUUGCUUAUUUAUGGCGUCCGACCCGAGACAACGUUCGUUUCUCCAUGUCACAGGAACUCGCGCAAGACGAAGCCGAAGCAGAUGCUGAAGAUUACGAAAUCGAAGCCCUCGAGAACGGACAUGGUCGGGGCCUCGGCGGGCACCAACAGCUUUCCCAACAUGAUGAUGAGGAUUAUAACGAGGAUGAACGAAAAGGGCUCGUGAGAAAUGGGGUAGGGGAGGAGAAUGUUGUCUUUGCGAUGGGGGAUGAUAGUGAUGAGGAAGAGGAUCAUGUGCAUGGACAUGGGAGGACAGAGUACAGAGAUAGCGAAGAGGUCGGAAGAAGUAGCGAGGCGAAAAGCAAGGAUCGUGGAAAAGAUGAUUAGGGAAGGAGGACGGUAUCUUUUGAUACAUGAGUGGUGAUGAUGAAAAACACUCGUGACAGGAUUAUGCACUCAUAUUACACUUUUGUUGGGC